UUUCAAUCUUAAAUACUAUGAUAGUUUCUUUUCAUGUAUUUACAUGGUACACAACACCCAAGAUUUUAUAAAUAUCAGCCCUCAUGCAUCGUAUCUCAUUUUCUCUUUUCCGUCUCCUCGAACACAGAUCAUUAGCUGUUCCUUUAUCUUUUGUUGUUUCAUAUUCUCACUUAUCUUCAAUUCCUAAAGGAACCCAGUUGCGAUCUUUCAUCAAUUUUGAUAAUUUAUCUUCUGGGGAUUUUCAUCAAUCCUUUUAUUUUCAACGUUUUAGGUUACAACACUCGAUGGCAAGUGAUUCUUCUUCACAACCCAAAUCAAUUCAUGAUUUUGUUGUUAAGGAUGCCCGUGGAAAUGAUGUUGAUCUUAGCAUUUACAAAGGAAAGGGGCUGUUAAUUGUCAAUGUUGCGUCUCAAUGUGGGCUUACUAAUUCAAACUACACAGAAAUGGCUCAAUUGUAUGAGAAAUACAAGGACAAAGGCCUGGAGAUCUUGGCAUUUCCAUGCAACCAAUUUGGCAACCAAGAGCCAGGAAGUAACGAAGAGAUCAUGGAGUUUGCUUGCACUCGCUUCAAGGCUGAAUACCCCAUUUUUGACAAGGUUGAGGUGAAUGGGAGUAACACUGCCCCGAUAUACAAGUUCUUGAAAUCAAGCAAAGGUGGACUUUUAGGAGAUGGAAUCAAGUGGAAUUUCACCAAAUUUCUUGUUGACAAAGAUGGAAAAGUUGUCGAUCGUUAUGCACCAACCACUUCCCCAUCAAGCAUCGAGAAGGACAUCAAGAAACUGCUGGGCAUCUCAUGAAGGGCUGGCUUAGAGACUGCUGGCAUGUUGUCCAAAAUGUGAUACAUAUGACGAUAUAAAUAAAUUGCCAUGAUGAACUUCAUAUCUCGCUUUUUCAUAUGUUUUGUCAAAUGUAGUUUUUAUCGGAUUUCUUCCCUGUGAAACGAGGUCGUUAUUUUGCUGUGCACUCUGUUUUCAGGUUUGCUUAUGUAUAUCAUGCUCAAAAAAUGUUUUUACUCUAA